GCAUGUGACGUUCACGACUUUAGGAGACAUAUUGAUGUAGCUGACGAGUUUUUUGGUGUAAACUUUUUCUCUUUCGCAAGUGAUUCAGAAUGUUUUUGCCGUAAAAGUGGCGUUUGUAAGUGAUAACCAGAGUUUCGAGCGUUAUUUCCUCCAGAAGAUGCAGCAAGUGGACGACCCCCCGUAUUUGUCUGUCGGCACGGAGGUUAGCGCAAAGUACAAGGGGGCUUUCUGCGAGGCGAAGGUGCGCAAAGUUGUGCGGAAUAUCAAGUGCAAAGUGGCCUACAAGCAGGGCCUUGGCUCCGGAACUGUGUCGGACGAUCAGAUAAAGGGUGGCCUGCUGCGCGUGGGGGCCACUGUGGAGGUCAAGCAUCCGGAUAGGCGUGAAUUUGUCGAGGCCACCAUCACGAAGAUUCAGGAUUGCUCCCAAUAUACGGUUGUGUUUGACGAUGGGGACAUCACGACGCUCCGCCGGAGUGCUCUGUGUCUCAAGAGUGGACGUCACUUCAAUGAGAGUGAAACGCUGGAUCAGCUACCCCUGACGCAUCCGGAGCACUUUGGGAAUCCCGUUGUGGGCGGCAGACGCGGCAGGAGAUCACGUGCAAUGCAUGACGAUAGCUCCGAUGAGGAGGAUGAUGUUGAGAGCACCAAGAGGACACCGCAUGAGAAGGAGGAGCACAUUGGGAAGGUGGUUUGUGUGGAGAGUACGGAAACAAAGAAGAAAUCUCAGAAGGAAAAUUGGUUUCCGGGACUCGUUGUGGCGCCCACAGCUCAAGAUACCGUGCGGAUUCGCGUGAAGGAUGAAUACCUCGUGCGUUCCUUCAAGGAUGGACGCUACUACACUGUCCCCAAGAAGGAAGCCACUCACUUUACGCGUGAAAUGGCCCACAAACAGGAUGGUGUGGCUGUUCAGGCUGCCCUGGAGUACCUGGACAACGACACACUCCCACCACACUGGGACAGGGAUGCCCUCUUCGGGAUUUCCGCCAGUUCGAGUGACUACGAGCAAGAAUUCGAUUCAGACAGCUCAGACGAUGAGCCGCGCGAGGAGAAGGAUCAUUUUGUGGCACAACUGUACAAGUACAUGGACGACAGGGGUACUCCCCUCAACAAGGGACCCUCAAUUGUCAAUCGAGACAUUGAUCUGUACCGCCUCUUUCGUGCUGCUCAGAAACUCGGCGGAUACAAUCGCGUAACGACUCAGAAUCAAUGGAAAGCAAUAGCACUGCGUCUGGGCUUUGUCCCGGCCACAACGAGCAUUACAAACCUCGUCAAACAGGCCUAUAAGAAAUUCCUGCAGCCCUUUGAGGAAUUCAACCGGAAGCUGGGCUGCACAAUGGUCGCACAUCCACGCGCAAAUCGCAUCAAAGGUCGUAGCCUCGUCCGGGCUAAUUCCGUGGCAUCCCCAAAGCCCGUGGAUGUGAAGGAGGCGAAAUCUGUGUCCUCAACGGCAACGGAUGAUUGUGAGAAUAGUGAAUCAAGCAAUGAACCGACAAAGACAAAGAGGAAGUUGUCAACAAACAGCGGAAAUGGGAGUGGAAGUACGAAAGUUAAAGCUGUUGCUGAGAAAGUUGAGGAGAAAGCCGUUAAGGAGGAAACUCCGGAGCCGCCACCGGUUAAAGUAACGCCCAAAAGCAAAGCUGCAAAGGUGGAGAAGGAUGUAAAAGAAGAAGCAGGACCCUCGCAGAAAGCACCCAAAGCUAAAGUUGAGAAGGAAGACGUCGCUAAGGGUUCCGAUGUUGCAACAACACCCACUGGGAGCGCUAAGAAGGAGAAGCAAGCAGCAAAGGCGAAGAGUGAUGAGAAACGUGGAAGGAAGAAGAAGGAUGAGGCUGCAGAUAAAACCGAAGGGAAGGAAGGAAAGUCAGAUUCGAAGAAAGCAGCCGCAGAUACAGCUUCAGCUGAUGAUUUUCCCGUUGAAGUUGGAGAUAAACUCAACGUGUACUACCACGAGGAGACAGUGACGUAUGAAGCGAAGGUGAUUGAGAAGUCUUCACAGAAUGGGAAUCCCAUCUACCUUGUUCACUACACCGGAUGGAAUACACGCUACGACGAAUGGGUGCCGAAGGAUCGAAUUGUGGAGAAUCUCACGAAUAAGCAGAAGAGAACAAAGAGUGCAGCUUCUGCGGGAAAAUCAGCUCCAGCAGUUGAGAAGUCUCCAGCAACGGCACCCCCAUCUAAGUCGUCUGCUAAGCGUGGCCGUGGGGGAUCAAGGAGUGAUUCUCAGCCUCCACGAUCAACAACCCCUUCAUCCAUUACUUCCAACUCAAGCCGCACAAAAAGCCCAGCAACUCCAGCACAGCGACGGACAACUCGUGCUCAGCCUCAGAACAUUCGUCGAACUUCCAACAACACCGACAUCUCAUCGCUUCACACGGAAUCCGAUACAGAUUCCGAUGAACCCGUGAAGAAGCCAACACGUCCUCCAGCUGCGUCAUCCUUCACAAUCCCCGGCAAGUCUGGGAGCGCUGUGACGCAACUUCCGGAAGCAAUUGUUCCCGUUGUAGCCAUGCGGAAUGUCGGGAAGGAGAUUCAAGCGAUGAAGGAUGAAGAGGAGGCAACAGGAUCAAAGGGACGUGACUACGAUCUCAAUCAGAUCCGCUCGGAACUCAAAGGCUUCAAAGAGAUGAAAUCUCCCUCACCCGAAGCAGCUGAACAAUCACCCACUUCAAGCUCACAUCACGACCACAAGACCAGCCUGUUUGAUCUGUCAGACUCCAAUACGGAUUCCAGUGAGCAGAAGAGUGACGUUGCAAAGGGAAAGCUCACGACAUCCUCGUCGGAAAGUGACUCCUUUGGUGAUGAUGAUUCCCAAUCAUCAGAUAAACUUGCCCGCUUGGAGAAGAUUCCGCCAAAAGUUGAGAAGCCCCCAACGAAGAAACAAAUUGAGAGUCGUGGUGAAAAGAAAGGCGAUCUCAUGACUGAGAAGAAUGUUACGAAGGUGGCUGUAAGUGUUGAAAAGAUGGAAACAAAGGCAUUUACCGGGAAGGGGCAGUUCAAGUCAACCCUUGCGGAGAAGAAAAAGGAAGAGAAGGCAACAAAAACAGCCGGCGAAACUCCGGCAAAGAAGACACCUGUUAAAGGGGAGAAAACUCCCGUUGGGAAAGGCGAAAAGAAGACACCAGCUGAGAAGACUAAAGCAGCAGCUGCAAAAUCCACCGAAAAAGCUAAUAAAGCGCAACAGGAGAAGCCUGCUGCUGCAGCUCCGGCAAAGGAAACUCCUGUUACAUCUGAGGGAGAUGUGUACGAAUUUAAGGAACCGGAACCGUUUGAAUUUGAAGCAACUGCAGCACCUCAGAGGAAACUCACGACUACAGCAACAACAGCAACACCCCCUGCUGAAACUACACCCCCACCGGCUGCUGAGAAGAAGGGUAAAAGGGCAAAACAGGCUGCAGAUGAUGGGGAAGGUAAAGCAACGGGGCCAGCUUCGAAGAAGGCAAAGAAAACUCCAACAAAAACUCCAGAAGCGGAAAAGGCAAAAUCCGCAAAGAAGGAUGACAACCUCGAUGCACUCAUUCCUGUUCAUCUAAUCCCAAUUCCAAAUGUCAAGGCUGCUCCAGUAUCUGCUCCAAUGACAAAUGCUCCCGCUAGUUCGGCUUCAGAUCCCUUUGAUGCACUCAGAAAGAGCCCAAGCUUCAACUUGGCCAAUACACUCAGUAGUAGCGUUCCGGAGGUGCCGGCCACCACGUCACAAGAGCAAUCUAUUACAAAACUUCCAAUAUUUACAGACGACAAAUUCCCCAAGAUGACCGGCGAUGUGAAACGUCCGAAGGAGGGAUUGAAGACUCCGGCUUUUGUGAAUUCCUUCACGAACGUCUUGGACGCUCCAUGCCAAUUUGGUGGGACAAUUAAGGAUGUCUUCAAGGGAACGGAAGACGAUAAAACGCGUAUUGAUGCAUCAAAGGAUCUGGAGACGGCUAAGAAGAUGUUCCUAACGGCUGAGUCUCCAUUCGAUAUGGUUGAACCCCCGAAGAUUGAUGUACCAUCGAUUGCUGAUAAAAUCCUCAUGAAGUCUCUCAAUUCACAGCAAGCUGCAGCAGCGGAGGUUAAAACGGAAGACUCUGCGUCAUCACCUGCAGCUCCAGUGGCCAUUAAAUCACCCGAACCACCGCAGACUAUGGGAAAAAUUGAAGCUCUGGCAAUUCCAGCUCCGCCUCCGGUUAAAUUUGAAAUUCCGCCGGUUGUUGUGAAGAAGGAAGUUGAGGUGGUGCAUCCGAAAGUGAAGCCACCACCUGUAUUGCCUGAGGCAAGCAAAGUUGAUCCGGAUAUGCCACCGAAGAAUAAUGAUCUCUGCGAAACAAUCCAGAAGUUGGAGUCUGCCAUACAAAAAUCCUCGAAUCUCAAUCGUUUCACCGAGGACUCAUCCGACAGUACGGAUUCGGAGCAGAGGCUCGUAAUUGAAGAUGAAUCGCGCAGUUCUGAAGCAGUUCAGGGAGAUUUUGCGGCCACAAAGAAGGAGGGAGAUAAGAAGGAAGCCACCCUUGUGGCGAAGCAAGAGAAGAUGGCAGUUCCACCGCUAAAAGUUGACAGUAUUACUCUGAAGGAGGAAAGUCUGUCAUUUGCAACGAAAUUCCAGGAAUCCCUGUACGGUAUAAAGUCCCCGGAGCACGCAUCCCUCGUUCCCAAAGCCCAAGGGGAUGCAAUGACAAUGAAGUCACCACCAACUGAGGGAGAAACAAAGCCCGAUUUAACGUGCAAGGAAUCCUUUGAAGAUUUCUUCGGAGAGAAGAAGGAACCCAUUCCGGAAGGAGGUCAACUGAAUGAGUCAAUUUCCCUUCUUCUCUGUGAAGAAACCAUCCCGUGUAGUCCUGUGGCUAGUGGGCAUCUCCGGGAAGCUGGUGAGAGUGCUAAGAGACUCCACAAUCCACAUCCAAUCACGGCGGACAUUAAGCCCGUCCCCAUGGACAUUGAGACAACAGAUGUGAAGGCUGAGCCCCAGAGGACACCCAACAGUUCCCCAAGAGACUCCAUCAGCCCAGAUGAUCGACACGACGAAGGGACAACGCAGAAGAAGCGUCGUAGAGCGAGGAAGUCAUCAGAAUCAGAGGCAACGCUGCCGAAACGACGAAAAGCAGUUACGCGCAAAGCAGCCAUGUCAGCUACAAAUGGAUCAGAUAGUGAAGAUAAUUCGGAUCCAGCACUUCAGAGGACUCACGUAAGGCGAUCUCCUAAGCCAUGUCAGUACAACUUCCUCGUGCAAUUGGAUCCCGCCUUGAAUAGCAGUCAGCGCAUUACGAUUUUGAAGAAGAAAAUCCAGGAGCUUCGAAAGACGUACAAUCAGAUCAAGGCAGAACUUGCAAGUAUUGAUAGGCGUCGGAAGAAGCUCCGAAGGCGCGAACGUGAGAAUAAGAAGAAUCAACAGAAGGCGGCAGCAACAUGAAUUGCUCGCGAUUGUACAUACAAAUUGGAUUUAAUCUGUGUUGUAAGUAAUUUUUGAUCAUUAAUGAUAAAAACUUCCUUUCACAAUGAAAUUUUCUUAACAAAAAAAAUCAUUGAGAAUGGGUUAAUAGGUUACACUUCUUUCAUUUAAUCAUUUUUAAUUUCUUAACAAUUUAAAUUUUAGAAGAGAAUAAAAAUCUUUUGAUGUACUUUCAAUAAUAUGAAUAAACUAAUUAGUAGAGAAAUAAAUUUUUGGUGUAAAAUCUAUUAGAUUUAAAUCUUUCAAUUGAUGGGAAGAAGAGAAGCGAAGGAAGAUAAAGAAAAGAAAAAUCACAUUGAGCUUUCCGAAAAUAUAUUUCUAAUAAUUAUAAUGGCACUUUUGGUACAAUAUUUAGGUCUGUUUGGCCAAACAGAUUUCUCAGAGAAAAAAAAACUCACAAAAUAUCACAUCCAAUAUCUUGUAAAUAAAUUGCAUUUCUAUUAUUAUUUGAGAAAUAAUACAUUAAGAAAUCUGAUUAUUACAAAAUAUAUUUACAGAAAUAUAUUUUACACAUUUUCAGUCGCUUUAGAACAUUUUUUUUCUUUUAUAUAAAAAAGUUUUUUUUUAUUAUAUAAAGGUUUCUAACAUUAUAUUCUCCUUUCUCUCUACAUAAGGCAUUGUAUGGGAGAUUUUUCAUCAUUCAUUUGAAAUAUAUUUACAUUUUUUUAUUUAA